ACAGCAACUAUUAGUUCUACUGCUGCAGUGACUCGUGUUAAUUCUUGCUGCCGAUGCUGUUGUUGCUGGUGUUGUUCAUGUUACAGUUCUUCUACAUGUUGUUAUUGUCUCCUACUGGACAGAAACAUCUCUCAUUUCUUCAAUUGCAUAACUGGAUUAAGAUUAUCACACACCACCGGAUUUAAGUUCAUUAAUUAUUAUCAUCAUUGUUACCAUUAUUAUUAUUAUUAUUAUUAUUAUUAUUAUAACUAUUAUUAUUACUAUUAUUAUUAUCAUUAUUAUUAUUAUCACCAUCAUCAUCAUCUUCAUCAUCAUUAUUAUUAUUAUUACUGCUUCAACAGUUUAUAUAUACUUAUAACAAAAACAUACAUACAAACACACACACACACGCACAUAUGUACACACAGUAAUUACACUUCAAUUAAUUCAUACCUGUUCAUAUUCAUGUUGUGGUUGUUGAUGUUGUCGCAUUUGUUUGUUGGUUGUUGUUGUCAGCUGGACGUCAGCUGAACGGAUUUUGUUUCAACCAGCGACAUCUUGCGGUCAAAAGUGUGAUAUGAAGUCGCCCCGUGAUGACAGUGUUAUCUCUUGUGCUGUAUGUUCUGGCAGUUGUUGCCGGUUUAAUCCUGUUCGGACUUUAUCGUCAAAGGUCGGAAAGCGCUAAAGAAGAACUGGUUUCUGACGACGCUGUUUACACCCGCUACAAAGUAAAACCUUCCAUAUUUUCGGUACUCGGCAUCCAGUACUAUGGCAACAGUAACUAUUUCUGUUCGUUUGACGACCAUUUCGAGUCUUUCGACGCCGUCAGCAAGGCCUGCAGACGAGCUGGUCUGGAACGUUGUCAGUUGAUAGUGGGAGUGGACUUUACGGCUAGCAACGAGUGGCAAGGUCGCAAGACGUUCAACGGCCAGUGCCUACAUAAAAUUUGGCCAGGCAAGGUUUUGAACCCUUACCAAAAGGUCAUAUCGAUUUUGGGACAGACCCUGGAGCCGUUCGACGAAGACAAACUGAUUCCUGCCUUCGGUUUUGGCGAUUCGAAAACAAUGAACCAGGAUGUUUUCUACCUGAACCCAUCGGAGAAUCCAUGCUAUGGUUUCCACGAAGUGCUGGAGCGGUAUAACGAAGCGGUUCGAAAUAUCACUCUAAGUGGCCCCACCACUUUCUGCCCCAUCAUUGAAAAAGCUAUCGAGAUUGUUAAAGAGAAAAAUACCUACCACAUCCUUGUGAUUAUUGCUGAUGGCCAGAUAAACGAACAAGGCGAAACAGUGAGAGCCAUAGUCGAAGCAUCUGAGUAUCCUCUUAGUAUCAUCGUGGUCGGCGUUGGCGACGGCCCGUGGGAUAUCAUGGAGGAGUUUGACAACUGUUUACCACGUCGGAAAUUCGACAAUUUCCAGUUUGUCGAUUACCACGGAACAGUAGGCAAAUCCAAACAUCCGGAAGCAGUGUUUGCCUUACACGCUCUGAUGGAAGUACCCGACCAAUACAAAACCAUCAGGAAUUUAGGGUACCUUCAGAAAGAGGAGAAGUUCUAUGGAAUUAUGGGAGGAAACUACAAGAUAGAAUCUAAUGUCUGAAGGACAAACAUGACGAAUCUACUACACUUCUGUCCAAAAGCUAUUACAAACACACAUACCGCACAACCUACCCAACUAUCUCUGUCUUUUUCCCUCUCUUUCACUCUUUCUUGCUUUCAGUCUCUCACACUCUUUCUUUCUAUCUAUCUAUCUAUCUAUCUAUCUAUCUAUCUAUCUAUCUUUCUAUCUAUUCUCGUUCUCUGUAUCUUUCUCUCAUCCAUCAUUCCUCUUUGCUCUUAAUUCUCUUCCGACUUAUUGGGACAUUCAAAAAGUCAUGGCUGAUUUUUCCUAAUACAUAUAUGAAAUUUAUAUGAAAUUAUGUGUGUAUUUGUAUGUAUGCAAAUACAAUUCAUACUCGUAUACAGAUGUAUACAUACAUAUUACAUAAAUAUGAAAUGUACAUAUUAAUAUACAUGCAUACCUAUACUAAAAUUUAUACAGACAUAUAUUUAUAUAUGUGCGUAUGUACAUGUGAGUAUAUAAAUAAUAAUAAUAAUAAUAAUAAUAAUAAUAAUAAUAAUAAUAAUAAUAACAACAACAACAACAACCACAAUAAUAAUAACAGUAAUAAUAACAAUAAUAAUGACAAUGAUAAUGGUAAAAAUUCUUAUGAUAAUAAUAAUAAUAAUAAUAAUAAUAAUAAUAAUAAUAAUAAUAAUAAUAAUAAUAAUAAUAAUAAAAGCAAUUAAAACUGAGCUUUCACUACGUCGUUAUUCCAAGUUUCGCAUUACCGCUUUUCUUUACAUCUGAUAAAACAUUUCUGUCGUGCUGCAAAGCAAUAGCGUGAAACUUGGAGUGGCAUCGGGGUUAAAUCACAGUUUUAGCUGCUUUUAUUAUUAUUAUUAUUAUUAUUAUUAUUAUUAUUAUUAUUAUUACAUCAUAGUUUAAAUUACUAUUGUUGUAUUGUUCUUAAUUCUACUUCUAUAUGUUGAAUACCUUUUCAUAAUAUUUCUAUGUAUAGAAACAUACUCCUAAUAUAUACAUAUGUAUGUAUAAACAUAUAU